AUGGUUGGCGUGGGGGACACGAGCGGCAAGAUACCGCCUGAGAUCACGCGCCAGGCAACGGAGAAAUGCGCGCAACUGACUCCGCUGGAAGCAACGCAUAUUUACGCAAUCCUAAAGCAGACUCUUGAAAAGCUUGCGCUUGUCGGCGUCAUCACAGUUGAUCCGAAGGUUCAAGCUCAUGAGCUUACUCAGAGCGUGGGGGAGGAGAUUUCCCGCAUGAUUGCUGAGCAGAAGAAGCUUGAGGGCCGCUUCGAGGAGCUUGUGGCGAUGCAGCACGUACUUCGCCAUCAGCCAAACAAGACGAAGCUGAUGGAGAACCAGAACGAGCUCCAGAAGGUCGCAGAGGCUUUGCGACAAAGCACCAAGCAGCUGUGCCGCAACUUGAAGGACAACCCGAACGUCGCGGAGAAUAUGCUGAAGGUGGCCAGUGAGCGUCAGGCGCUCCAGCUGCUGCUGUCCGGCUGCCUUAACGAGAUUGAGGUGUUCGGCAAGCUGCAGCCGUUGCUGGAGAGCGUCAUGGCACAGGAGGCUGCCGAGCAGGCCAUGGAGGAGACCAUCGAGCGCGAGAAGAACACGACGGCGGCUGUGCGGCAGCUCCGGAACGACCUGCGCGAGGAGAAGCUGGACCACGAGGAAAAGAUGAAGGAGAAGAAGAAGGGACUGGUGUCUCUAAAGGAACAGCUCAAGACGCUAAAAAUGGAUACGGCGGUGUCGACCCGCUACCUCAGCAAGGAUCUCACCGCCUCGAACGAGCACGAGCGCCGCCUGCAGCGGACUCAGUUGGAGGACCUCCUAAAGGAACUGGGACUUGUGCAACAGCAAAUCGAUAUCGAGAAGGCGGUGCACGCGACCCAGGCCGAGUUCCUCCGGCAAAUCGCUUCCAAGAUGCAGGAGGACAGUGUCAGCUGGGCAUCCCGCCAUGACGAGGACCUUGCCGCACGGGAGAAGGAGCUCGAGAUGCUGAAGCAGCAGCAUGCCCGCGACUUGUUGGAGCUGAAGAAGGCCGAAGAGAAGUUUAAGAUGGAGCAGGCGCUGAAGCGGGAGCGAGAGCUCAAGGCAGCAGAGGAGCGCGAGCGCGUCGAGUUUGAGGAAAUGCGCGAGGCGCGACGGGUUCAGGCGGCCAUCAUAAUCCAGGCCUGGUGGCGUGGAUACCGUGUACGGAAGGCCCUGGCAGGGGGUGGCAAGAAGACCAAGAAGGCUGCCAAGAAGAAGAAGAAAGGGCCGUACUGUGUGGUGGACAUCAGCAUCCACUCAAUGAUUCUUCCAGUACGGUACUACCUGCCGCUUGACCUUAAGGGCGAUCCUUAAGCACGAUUAUACCAUCAGUUCCCAAUAAAAGCGUCUCAAUAAUCGAACUUCGGUCUGCCGUGUGAAAAUUCUCCCCGCCCCG